CCGUCACGCCACCAUGAUUCUAUACUUCGUCUUGGGCUCAGCCCUAGGCUACUUCAUCUGGAGUCUAGCGUGUCUAGAGAUCAAUAUGCACAGAGCUCGUUCCAUCGGUAUCCCGCUCGUACGAGUUCCAAUCGACCCUGUGAGAAACGUGCUUUGGAUGAUCAUUCAACCUCAUGUCUGGGGUGUUCUUGACCGGCUACCAAUCAAAUGGUCUUCUUACCCAAACUUUGUCCGUCUUCUGCACCGCGGAUGGCACUUCAGGGAAAAGGCAGAUACGGCACUGCAAUUCGGCCCGGUCUGGGCCAUUGUCACGCCUAUGUCCAUCUACUUGCAUAUUACAGACCCCCAGGCAAUUAAUGAUGUUUUCUCGAGGCGUUGGGACUUUCAGCGCCCAGUUCAUGAGUACAAUACAUUGAAUGUCUACGGCCUUUCGAUUUCCACAGCCGGAACCGAGGAUUGGGCUCGUCAUCGAAAAGCAAUGGCAGCUCCGUUUAACGAGAGCAUCAUGAAAUUUGUCUGGGACGAGAGCAUCCGGCAAUCGGAAGCAAUGGGACUUUCGUGGAGGACAGCGAGCAUGACUGUGUCCGAAAUUCCGAGCGUCCGCAAAGACAUACGGACCAUCUCGUUAAACGUGCUUUCAGCAACCGGCUUUCGCAAGUCAUACCCAUUUAAGGCUUCUCAUGAGACGACGGUCCACGCAGAUGACGAGACCGGCUAUCGCAAAACUCUAUCUACGGUUCUCGACAACGCCAUCCUGAUCAUGCUAAUACCUUAUCGGUAUCUCAAGGGACCUCUUGUUCCGAAGAAACUUGUCGAAGUGGGUGAUGCCGCAAGGGCCUUCAAAACUCACUUGACAGCCAUGCUGGAGAAGGAAGUCACAGCUUCGAAGGAGGGUAAACCAGUGUCUGGCGGCAUUAUGAGCGGCUUUGUCCACUCUCUGGAAUUGCACCGGAAGGAACUUAUUACCUCACCUGAGCUCAAGACAAGCAAAGACGGAAAGAAGGGCCUCACUGUUGACGAGAUCCUGAGCAACCUGUUUGUCAUCAACUUUGCCGGUCACGAUACGACAGCCAAUACCCUCACUUACAGCUUGUACCUGCUCUCUGUGUACCCUGAAGUGCAAGAUUGGCUGGCAGAGGAGAUUUCUGCUGUCACCAAAGGUAUCCCUAUAGAGGAGUGGGAAUAUCAAGAACUGUUCCCUCGCCUGAUUCGCUGCCGCGCCAUACUCCUUGAGACACUUCGGGUCUAUGCUCCAGUCAUGGUCAUGACAAAGUGGACUGCCAACAACGCUCAGACGCUCAGAGUUGGCGACAGAGUCCUCCAAAUCCCCGCAAGGACGCGUACCAUGAUGCAUCUCCUCGCUAUUCAGUUGCAUCCACAGUAUUGGAGUGACUCCUACACAUGGAAGCCAUCACGUUGGAUCACGCCUGAAGCUGAUAGCUCCGGUGGCCCGGGGCAAGAGGUAUUAAGCGACCCCACGCCAAAUACUUACUUUCCUUGGUCAGACGGCCCGCAGAACUGCCCAGGCAAGAAAUUUUCCGAGGUCGAAUCAGUCGCAAUUUUAGCCUGCCUUUUCCGCAAAAGUCGGCUGCUAGUCAGGAAAACGCCUGGAGAGACAGAAGAAUCCGCAAAGAAGAGGACGCUCGCAUGUAUCAACCAUGCAAACCAUGAUUUACUGCUUAGGAUGGAGGAUCCAGAUCAGGUGAAGCUGAUGCUUGUGGAACAAUAA